AUGUUAGAUACUUCUAAGUCAGUUUUAUCUGUCUUCAAGUUAGUGAAGGCGCCAAUCUAUUCGCAUUGCUUUUCUAUUGAUAGGUCGCUGUUAGCGAUUACCUGCAAUACUGACUGCCUUGUUUAUAGAUUCGGAGGAGGUAAAUCUCCACAAUUGAUUGCGACUUUACCGGAUCAUGACAAAACUGUAACUGCCGUUGAUAUCUCGAUACACGGACGUAUUGUGACAUGUUCGCAAGAUCGUAACGCGUAUGUUUGGGAGCCCUUGAGUGAUGGAUCUUAUAAGCCUACAUUAGUUCUGUUGCGUAUAAACAGGGCUGCCACGUCUGUUUCGUGGGCUCCCAAUGGCUAUAAAUUCGCAGUAGGGUCCAGUGCACGUAUAAUUGCGGUUUGUUACUAUGAGCAAGAAAACAAUUGGUGGGUAUCCAAGCAUAUCAAAAAGCCUAUCAAAUCAAGUGUUAAUUGUUUAUCGUGGCACUCUAAUGGGAUCCUGUUGGCAUCUGGUGGUACUGAUGGAUAUGUGCGCGUCUUCUCCGGCUUCAUCAAGGGAUUGGAUACCAAGGAAGCAGUUAGCAAUUCCCCCUGGGGAGAAAAGUUUCCAUUUGGUGCAGUAGUCAAAGAAUGGUACAAUGGCUCUUUUAUUCAUGACGUUGAGUGGCGUAGUAAUAUCGAGAAGCUAGCAUACGUUGCACACGAUGGUACUUUAACUGUUGCAGACAGUGUAGAACAAAUCUACUCAGUAAACGCCCCCGAAGGCUUGCCUUUCAAGUCUUUGAUAUGGAUAAAUGAUCAUGAAAUACUAUGUGCGGGUUAUUCUUGUCAUCCAGUUAUGUUUACUGAGGGGUCAAACGGUUGGCAGUUCUCCAAAAAUCUUGAUAAAGUGGGCAAGCAAUCUCUGCCACAAUCGACAUCUGAGGAUGGUACUGACGACGAAGAAAAUCCAACCUUUGGCAUGUCUGCAUUGAGAAAGUUCAAGCAAUUAGACUUGAAAGGUAGAGUUACAGCUGCUGAACAGGAAAGCGCGCAUGAGAAUGCUAUUGUUGAGCUGAGACCAUUUGAAGAAUCAAAUGGACAGGUGACUCAAGUCUCUUCAUGCGGUUUAGAUGGUGAGAUUGUAAUUUAUGCAGUUUAA